AUGACCACGUUCCAGCCACGCUCAUUUUAUGGUAACUCUUCGCGUGAUGCAGUGGAAAGUGACGACAAUUUCAGUGAAGAGGACAACUAUAUCCCUCCGUCAGAUGAUGAAGAGACGUCCUCUGCUGAUUUGAGCGAAAGUGGUGAUGAAGAUGAAACGAGUGCUCAAGACAACCGCGGAGCCGCUCAGCCACAAGCAUUGUCCUGGAGUUUGUACACAAACAAUCUCCCGGACUUUCCUGUGCUUACCUUCAGUGCGAGUAAUCCCGGAUCACAAAUUGGGCCCUCAAAUCUUCAAUCUGAACUCCAGUUUUUUCAAUUAUUUUUCACGGAUCAACUGAUUGGAGAAAUCGUUCACGAAACAAACCGGUAUGCGUGCGAGAAGAUUUCGUCUGCGGAACCUCUUGCAAAACAUUCCAUUUGGAAAAGCUGGGAGGACGUCGCUGUCGAUGAGUUCAAAGCAUUUCUCGCAGUCCUUAUGAACAUGGUUCUGAAUCCCAAGCCAGACAUCAAAGAGUACUUCAGCAAAGAAAUUCUGGAGAUGCCUUUUUUUCGACUGGUGUUCACCCGAACAAGAUUUCUGCAAAUUUUCUGGAUGCUGCACGUUUCUCCUCCUCCGCAAGGUCCAUCAGGACAGCCGACACGUGGCAGCAAGGUGAGAAACGUUGUCAGCUACACUGAUCCAAAGUGCAGAGAGCAUUUCAAGCCCGGUCCGAAGAUUUGCGUAGAUGAGAGCACCGUGGGCUUCAAGGGGCGAGUCUCCUUCAAGUGUUACAACCCACAAAAGCCGACAAAGUGGGGCCUUCGGGUGUACAUACUCGCGGACUGCGCAAUUGGGUAUGUUUCUGCAUUCGAGCCAUACUACGGCAGCACUACUACGGAGAGCCUCCCUCGGCCAGACCUUCCUUUCACUUGCCGAAUCGUCCUUCACCUUCUCGACAAAGUGCAGUGCGCUUCGCCUGGAAGGGGGUACCACCUGUACACAGAUAGGUUUUAUACGUCGCCAACACUCGCCGAUGAGUUGCUUUCGCAGGACAUCAAGCUGACGGGGACUGUGAUGACCAACAGAAAAAAUAUGCCGCAGCAUCUGAAGAAAAAGAUGAAGAAGGGUGACGUAGUUGCUUACCGACAAGGGAACUCGUUCAUGACCCUUGCUUGGCAAGAUAAGCGCCAAGUAACUAUGCUGAGCUCAGCUCACAACCCCUCGAUGAAGGCUGUGACGAGAACUCAAGCUCAUGGUCAAACUGUGACGCUCCAGAAGCCCGUCGUCAUUUGCGACUAUACUGAAAACAUGGGGGCAGUGGACCGAGCCGACCAUUACUGAGCAAGCUAUGCCUUCUCUCGGAAAUCUCUCAAGUGGUGGAGGAAACUUUUUCUGGAUGCUUGAGGUUUCCAUUGUCAACAGCUAUCUACUGAUGAAAAUGCAGAUGGACGCAAAGGGACUGAAAGGGCAGAAACACCUGCAGUACCGUCGCAAGCUCAUUGAGCAGCUUGUCGGGGACCUCCGAGUGCGGCCUAAGGAAAGAGGUCCGGCAUCCCAAUCCGGCUGUGAAGAGCGGCUAGAUGGAAGGCAGCACUUUAUCUACAAGCUGCCAGAACGCAGCAGCAAGGACUGCGCAGUGUGCAGUGACCAAAAAACUAAAGGGGGCAGGAGAGAGACAGUUUUCUUCUGCAACACCUGCAGCAAGCAUCCCGGCCUCCACCCUGGAGAAUGCUUCGAGAAGUACCAUACACUGACGAAGUUCCGCUAGAA